AUGAGUGAUAAAGUGUUGAAGAAAUACAAGAUAGUAUUUUUGGGAGACCAAGGGGUGGGUAAAACAUCAUUGAUUACCAGAUUCAUGUAUGAUACAUUUGAUGAUCAAUAUCAAGCAACUAUUGGAAUAGAUUUCUUAAGUAAAACCAUGUAUUUAGAAGAUAAUAAGACCAUCAGAUUACAAUUAUGGGAUACAGCAGGACAAGAAAGAUUUCGAUCAUUAAUACCAAGUUAUAUCAGAGAUAGUAAUGUUGCAAUCAUCUGUUAUGAUAUAACCAGUAAGAAAUCAUUUGAAAACUUAGAGAAAUGGAUCAACGAAGUCAAAUUAGAAAGAGGAGAAGAUGUGAUAAUUGUUAUCGUUGGUAAUAAAUCUGAUUUGAAUAAUAAACGACAAGUUAAAUUUGAAGAAUUACAAGAAUUGAGUAAUAAGAACAAAGUUGAAAUCUAUUUAGAAACUUCAACCAAGAUUAAUCAUAAUGUUAAAUUGUUAUUCAAGAAAAUAGCUAAGAGUUUACCUGAUUUUAAACAAGAUGAAGUUCAACCCGAAACCAUUGAUAUUAACAUUGAUAACAAACCUCAAGAAUCCAGUUGUUGUUAA